AUGCGAAACCUCAAGAUUGUAGGAAGGUCGCUUCUGCGAUUUUCCGGAGACGAGCCACUACCGCUGACUGCGACUGCCUGGGACGCCGCAUCUAAUGCACUGGUAUGCGCUUUCGGUCCUUCGGAAUCACGUGCGACCAUCGAACUCAAGAGGCUACACUAUGCUCGCAACGGUGUUGAGGAAAAGCUCGAAAGCAUCGCAUCGUGGGAUGCGCCAUGUCCGCUGCCCUCGCUUAGCCAUGACUCAAUCUUAAGCCUGCACCAUUUCGCCGACACUUCGACAUCGUGUUUGAUCUUGGCCGGAGGGGACAUCGUCCUUGUAAGAGAGAACCCGACAUCGACAGAAGAACUAGUCGAGAUUGUAGGAUCGGUGGAUGCCGGCAUCUCUGCCGCUGCGUGGUCGCCAGAUGAAGAACUCCUCGCCAUCACCACACACGCCGACACUUUACUGUUGAUGAGUCGCGAUAUCGAGAACAUUGCAAGCGUCAACCUCACUCCCGAAGAUAUCAACGUCUCUAGCCACGUCUCAGUUGGGUGGGGAAAGAAAGAGACGCAGUUCAAAGGCAAACGAGCCAGGGCACUACAGGACCCAACAGUACCGGAAAGCAUCGACGAGGGUGUACUUAGCCCGUUAGACGAUCGCUCUGUCACAAUCAGCUGGAGAGGUGAUGGCGCAUGGUUUGCAGUAAGCAAGGUUGAGGAAGAGCGCCGUCGCAUGAUCCGUGUGUACUCCCGAGAAGGGCAGUUGGACAGUGUAAGCGAACCUGUGGAUGGCCUCGAGGGCGCUCUCAGUUGGCGACCAUCGGGCAACUUGAUUGCCAGUACUCGCCGCACCAACGAGAAGAUUGAGGUGGUCUUUUUCGAGCGAAAUGGUCUUCGUCAUGGCCAGUUCGACCUUCGAUUUACUCCUGAGGAGUUAGCUGCCCUCUCAAUCCCAUUGACACUCAAAUGGAACAGCGACUCCAAUGUCCUUGCUGUAUCUUACCCCGAAAAAGUGCAGCUUUGGACGAUGAGUAACUACCAUUACUAUCUCAAACAAGAACUCCAAUCUCCUGAGCCUUCUUCUCGAACAGUCAUGUGUAACUGGCACGCCGAGCGUCCGCUUGCGGUAGCUCUUUCGACGUCAGAUGCGCUCCAAGUGCUAGAGUAUGUCUCUACGAUUUCGGCCGGCUCAGUUGCCCCACCAAAUGACUUUGGCAUGGUCGCAUCAAUAGACGGAUUGUCUCUAAAGCUUACGCCACUUCGCAUCGCCAACGUGCCACCUCCCAUGUCGUUACUCACUCUGGCUCUCGAGUCGAAACCUAUGGAUGUCGCACUUUCGAAGUCCGGCGAUCGUCUAGCAGUACUUUCAGACGGCGACCUUGCAGUAUAUGCCCUCGACCUGAACAAGCGACCAAUACCUAAACCAAGUCUCGUCUGGCGUAGCGAUGCGGUGAAAGAUCACUCCCCGCGCCAUGUCACAUUCCUCGGCGAGAAUCAGAUGUUCGUACUAACAGAUAGCUGGGACGAUGAGGAAAGCUCUCUUUGGCGUUCCGAAGGAGAUAUGUUACUACCUCAAGGACCUAUCAUGGAGACCGAAAGCACAUCUCUAAUUCUUUCCGGCGUUGAUCAGGAAACGCUAUAUACCCAGUUUCAGAGUGGUGCCUUACAUCAGUUUGUCAUAGACGAGACUACGUCAGAUCUGCCACCGCAGACGUUCCCUAUAAACAAAUUCCCAUCCUUCGCGCCUGAGGUUCAGGUCAUCAAUAUUGAGGGCCAGACGUUGGCGUUUGGUUUGACCAAGAGCGGAGUGCUAUACGCUAAUGAACGCAUCUUAGUCCGCAACUGCACGUCGUUUGUGAUCACUACCGCGCAUCUGAUCUUCACGACGACUCAACAUCUCCUUAAAUUUGUCCAUCUUGCUAGUAGUGUCGAUGAACUCGAAGUACCUGCAGAUGAACCACAAAAGGAUGAGAGGUGCAGAAGCAUCGAAAGAGGAGCAAAGAUCGUCACGGUCAUGCCAACAACUUACUCAGUCGUACUACAGAUGCCGAGAGGUAACCUGGAGACAAUAUAUCCACGAGCGCUUGUGCUUGCUGCUAUACGUCGGAGUAUUGAGGCAGAGCGAUAUGAUGAAGCAUUCUUUGCUUGUCGCAACCAGCGUGUCGAUCUGAACAUUCUCCAUGAUCAUGACCCAGAGCGUUUCAUGGCGAGUUUGGACAAGAUCAUUUCCCAGAUCAAGAAGAUAGAGCAUAUUGACUUGCUCUUAGCCCAGCUCCGCAACGAGGACGUCUCUGAGACCAUGUACAAAGAAACGCUGAAGACGAAGGACUUGGCAACGAAGUUGAGGCUUUCGCAAGACCAAGUCGAGAACAAAGUCAACCGUAUAUGCGACGCUUUCUUAGAUUUACUAGAAAAGUCUCAGUACAAGGAUGCGCACCUGCAAAAUAUCAUCACAGCCCACGUCUCCAAGACACCGCCCGCUCUGGAGUCUGGUCUGGCCAUGAUAGGCCGACUACAAGCAUCAAGCGAUCCGCUCACUGACAAAGCCGCCGAGCACAUCUGCUUCCUUGCAGACGUCAACCAGCUGUAUGAUACUUCAUUGGGACUCUACAACCUGGAUCUCGCCCUGCUCAUCGCUCAACAGUCACAAAAGGAUCCACGAGAGUAUCUACCGCAUCUACAGUCUCUACAGGACCUGCCCGAGAUUCGUCGCAAAUUCAAGAUUGAUGACCAGCUCGGACGCAGAGCGAAAGCACUUACGCAUCUCAAAGACCUCCAGGCCUACGAUGAAGUACAGGGCUACGUACAAAAGCAUGACCUCUACCCCGAGGCCUUGAGCAUGUACCAAUACGACAGUACCCGUCUUAAAGAAAUUAUGCGCUUGUACGCAGACUUCUUGAGUACCAACAAUAAGAACAAAGAAGCUGCGUUGGCGUAUGAGUACCUCAACGAUCAUGCAUCUGCUUGGCCAUGCUACCGUUCAGCCAACCUCUGGCGUGAAGCCUUGUCGUCUGCUAUACUCGCCGACGUAAGCGCUGAUGAGCUGUCGACCAUUGCCACGGACCUCGCGGAUGGCCUCGCAGAAUCCAAGGACUACCUGUCCGCUUCAUCGAUAACACUGGACUAUCUCUCUGACCUUCCAUCGGCAGCGCGUCUGCUAUGCCGAGGUUGCCACUUCGCCGAAGCAAUUCGCAUUGUUACACUCCGUCGCGAACCCGCACUCAUCACCGAAGUCAUCGAUCCCGGUCUUGUAGAACGCAGCGCAGACAUGACUGAGUUCCUUGCUGAUAUGAAAGGUCAACUGCAGGCUCAAGUGCCUAGACUCAAGGAGCUCAGGACCAAGAAAGCAGAAGAUCCGAUGGCGUUCUACGAGGGCAUGAUUGAUGGUCCCGCCGAUACGAACAUUCCUGACAACAUUUCCCUGGCGCCUACAGACACGACAAGUGGUGGUACUUUCAUGACUAGGUACACAAACCAGACUGGCACAGUAAACACGACGACUACGCGCAAGACAAGCAAGAACAAGCGCAGGGAAGAAAGGAAGCGUGCACGUGGUAAGAAGGGUACGGUGUAUGAAGAGGAGUAUCUUACGAACUCCAUUGAACGCCUCAUCGAGCGUAUCAACACAAUGCAAGAGGAAAUCCAACGCCUUGUUGAAGGCUUGGUUAGAAGAGGCAUGAGGGAGCGUGCCGAUGCCGUUUCUAAUGCUGUCAACGAAGUCAUGGAACGGUGUCAGGAUGCGAUCAAGGAGAUGUAUCCACCCGCGGCUACUGGAGGUCCUGAGGGUGUGAACGGGGCGCCGAUUGGAGUUGAGGGCGAGGCGAUGAAACCUACGGGUGGGGAUGCGACGCUUUGGGAUAGCUUGCAGGAAGUGGGUAGGAAGAGGGAGGCGCCUGUUGUGAAGAUGUUUGAGAGACUUAGUCUUUUGGGGUAG